AUGCCAAGAGAGCCUCGAUCUUCUACACUCACAUCCGUAUUCACAAGUCUCGGCCCUAAGUCUGAAGAGGUGGAGAUCGAUACUAGAAGCUCUUCCUAUACACUUAGUUCUUUAAAAACGAAGCCUAGAUCUUCAUCUUCUAAACAAUCAACAAUACAACAAGUGCUUGCAAAGACUAGGCCUCUCACAUUUACAGAUCCGAAGGCAAUAAAGAUUACAAGGCUUAUUGCGGAAAUGAUAUGCACAGAUAACCAACCUCUUAGUAUAGUAGAAAAUCCUGGUUUCAAAAGUAUACUACAGUUUUUAGAGCCAAGAUAUACAAUACUAAGCAGAAAAUGCUUCUUGACUAUUGAAAUUCCUAACAUUUUUCAAAAGGUAUCAUGUAAAAUUCGUUUCUUGGGAGAAAAAGCUAGUUAUGUUAGUAUAACUACCGACAUGUGGAGCUCCGCAGCCAAUGUUUAUUACAUGAGCUUAACUGCACAUUUCCUCACAGAAGAUAUGAAACAAAUUCAUAUUUGUCUUGACGUAGUACCUUUUCCAUACAAGUCCCACACUGCAGACAAUCUUGUUAAAUUUAUUAAUACAUCACUUGAGCGUUGGGGACUACUUGAAAAACCUAAUGUAAUAGUAAGAGAAAAUGCCAGAAAUAUUGUCUCUGCUAUGGAGGUAGGGAAGUUUUCAAGCAUUCCUUAUCUUGUUUAUACACUUCAGUUGGUUGUCAAAGAUAGCUGUCUUGACAAUGAACGCAUUUCUUUACUAACUGCAUCAUGUAGAAGAAUAGUCGGACACUUUAAACAUUCGGUUAAAUCUUACAAACAUUUGAGACAAUCUCAGGAGAUAUUAGGACUUCCUAAACAUAGCGUUAUUCAAGAUGAGCCAACUAGAUGGAAUAGCACCUUCCACAUGUUAAACCGUUUAAUUGAACAAAAAGAUGCAAUUCUGUUGGUAACGCCACAUUUCCCAAAAGCUGCUCGACAAAACAAAGAAAUGUCAACCAAAGAAUGGUACAGUUUGGUUUCUCUCGUUGCUGCUUUAAAAGUUUUUGAAGACGUCACGCUUACUGCAAGUUUAUCGAAAAUGACCACAUCAGAAGUUAUCCCAAUAAUAAAUGCAGUUAACAUGUCACUCGAUCACAUUAAGGACUACGGAAACUUCAAAGAAUCUCUUUGUAAACUUUUCCAUCGUCGUUACGGAGACUGCGAGAACGAACCUAUAUAUAUACUUUUGCAACAAUACUAG